UCAGAGAUAUGCACCCCCAGCAUUUAAAGGUACGACUGACCCGAUGGAGGCUGAGAGCUGGCUGAAACAGAUAGAGAAAGUCUUUCAAGCUCUGAGGUGCCCUGAUGAGGAGAAAGUCCUUUUUGCCACCUUUAUGUUACAGGGUGAGGCAACUGACUGGUGGGAGAUGGAGAAAGGGAAGCUUGGUCCGGAUGAUGCCCCCUUCAUUUGGGAAGAAUUUAAAAAGGUUUUUCAUGAGAAGUAUUUUCCACAGGGUAUCCGAUUUCAGAAAUAUAGGGAGUUUGACCGACUGGAGCAGGGUGAUAUGACAGUUGCUCAGUAUGCAGCAAAGUUUGAAGAGAUGUCCCGAUAUGCUCCGACCUUGAUAUCAGAGGAUAGUGACCGAGCAAGGAAAUUUGAAAAUGGACUCAGGGGACGGAUUCAACAACAAGUCGCUGCUUUUGAACUGUCUAGUUAUAAAGAUGUGGUUAACAAAGCCCUGGUGAUAGAAAAAGGGCUUGACAAUGCCCAGGCUGCCAGAGAAAGGAAUAUGAAGAAAAGGACAUAA